AUGAGGAACCUUGAAGCUAUUGCUAAAGGUUUGGAGCUAAUGUCCGAAUAUACCAAGCUUGUUCGUCAAUAUGAGGAACCAGGACCAAAGCAAGUAUUGAGCAUAUCGAUGUUUAUAUAUUGGGAAAACGAAAGAAAGUCGUUCUGGAAUGUUUCAGAUAGAAACGUGCACAUAAAAUAUACCGAGCGGUCAAGAAUUAUGUUGCACGAUACCUCCAAGGUGUUCGAUCCUCACGAUCCGAUAGAUGCCUCCAUAAAAUUGCAGAAUGUAGAGAAAAUGUUGGCGAAGUUGAUUGGAAAUCAAAAUAAAUCGCCUGUUAUUGAACUGAUACCUAGGAAGGAUUAUGCAUCAUCCGCGUCUGCGUCAGAACCACCAUCAGUAUCUAACUAG